AUGUGGCUCAUUAACACUGAUAAUCUCUGCCUCGUCGGAAUCCAGGGAGAUCCCAAAGAGGAAUAUGCAAUACUUUCCCACACCUGGGGUGGAGACGAGAUGACAUUUUCAGCAUACCAAGCUUUGAACAACACCGGCAGCUCUGGAAUCCCCUUCGCCCCUGAAUAUGCAGUGGCAUCAACCGGCAUCACUAUCUCUGAGGGCUAUAGAAAAAUAAAAGAUGCGGCACAGUUGGCCAAGAGCCAGGGGCUCAAAUGGCUCUGGGUGGAUACCUGUUGCAUCGACAAGACUAGCAGCGCAGAGCUGUCUGAGUCCAUCAACUCCAUGUAUCGCUGGUACCAGAAGGCCAAGGUCUGUUAUGCCUAUCUCUCAGACGUUCAGUCAGCCACUUCGAAUGACCCUUCUGAGGCGGCAUCGAGCUUUCGAAAUAGUCGCUGGUUCACCAGAGGAUGGACCUUGCAGGAACUUAUUGCCCCCAGAUCUGUCGAGUUUUAUGCCAGGGACUGGUCCUUCAUCAACACGAAGCAAGCCGAUGACAGCUCUUUCUGCCAUAUUCUCGCCCAGAUAACCGGCGUCAAUGAGUCAGUACUUGCAGGAGAAACUCUUCUAAGUGAUAUUAGCGUCGCAAACAAAAUGAGAUGGGCCGCCUCAAGAGAAACAACGCGGCCAGAAGAUAUGGCGUACUGUCUUCUCGGUAUUUUUGAUGUCAAUAUGCCGCUUCUCUAUGGCGAAGGAAUGCGGGCAUUUGUCCGCCUCCAAGAAGAGAUUCUGAAGGAAUCCGAUGAUCAAUCGCUAUUUCUUUGGGACUUUCCCUCGGAUGGUGAACAUGCAGCGGACACUCUCUUUGGGCUGCUCGCACCCUCACCCAGCGUCUUUCUCCAGCCAGACUUGGAUCACAUUCGCCCUCUUCCUCCUUCCGAAUCACAGGAGAGCAUACCUGCAACUGCGACCAGCCAAGGACUGAGGACAAGAAUGCUUUUGUUUCCCGUACAUCCCGAAGCAGAUGAAUACUAUGCGAUGCUGGAUUGUAUUGGCUUCAGGUCUCAUGAGCCAGCAGUUGCAUGGAGCCCCUGUCUCAUGUUGAGGCGAUUGUGGGGUGACCAGUAUGCACGAAUUACUUCAACACAAGGUUCCAUAGUGCUGUUCCCUCACGAUAGCUUUGACGAGAGGAACGGGACUGUCGAGAACAUAUACGUGAAGCAAAAUCCCUUUUACGCUCUGCCCGAGGUAACAGUUCGAAGCAGGAAUCGUGGUGGGGAUAGAUUAAUACCAGGAUACCUGGGGUUCAAAGUGGUUGCUGCGUAUCCCCCAGAAAGAUGGGAUCCCGUUCUUUCCAUUAUCAGAGCCAAGGAGCCUCAGUCGGGGCAUGCCCUGCUCGUGCUCCGCUUUUCUUCUGAUGAGAGAAGCCUUAUUACUACGGUCGACGUGUCCGUCGGACUCCGUCGCGUUCGAAGGCGAUGGGAAUUGUGCUAUGAGAAACACGCAUGUGUUGGCGAUAGCCUACAGCAGGUUUAUCGUGAUAUUGCCAAAGGUGAGAUUGGCUCAGAGACAACUGCACACGACUCAAAACGUCUGUCGUUUGUGAGAGUUGAUACCAUAGAAACCGUAAGACGUGGGCGACGGUUUAUCCAGCUGGAGGUCUCUGGCGCAGUGGAGCUGGAUUCUAAACUAGCCCUGAACACCAAGGCCUUCUUGCCCGAGACUGAGAGUUUUUUUAGCGAAAUUCGGAAAGUCACUCAGAGUUGCUGUUUCGAACCGCAGUGGUCUUUUGACUGUUUUCCAGCUAUGCUCAAUGUAGUCAGAACCAAGCCAGCAGACCUAAGAGAGCCGUUAAGAUCCAGCAAAACAAUGGACGAACUCCAGAACGUUGUAAUCGAUGUUCACAGGCCAUAUGCUAGUUUGAUUCAAGCUGUCCGGGCAAGAAGAGAACGAGAGAUCAUAACGUUGAUCACCAAAGAUCGCAAACUCCUUGAGUCUAGAACAAAAGAAAUGGAUGAUUUCAGGCCAAUCCAUUGGGCAGCAGCCUACGGGUACCUAGAUAUUCUCAAAACCCUGACGAGGCUCGGUGCUAGCCAAACCAGCCGAACGAGAAGCGGAUAUAUGGCGAUCCAUCUUGCGAUAAUGAACAAUAACAUUAACCUUGUUGGGUACUUGUUGGAGGAUGAGGCAAGCAUGAGGAGAAAGACGGUACCAGACUUCUUGCACUCUCUUACAACCGAAAGAGAAGAAUCCGUCCUACAUCUGCUUGCAACCCCGGUUUCGACGGGUUUAGCGAAUCAGCGAAUAUGCAAAAUAAUCGACCUGAUCAGACAAGACUUUGGAGACAAUGGAAAUUACUCAUUUCCGCAUAUAAACUGGCUAGGCGAAAGUCCGCUUCAUCGUGCAGCGGCCACAAGUAACGCCCAUGCCAUGGAAUACCUACUAGACAUCUUAGGACAGCGCAACUUCAUCGACAGGCCGGAUAAUUCUGACCGCUCGAUGAUGUUCCAUGCGGCCUGUGGUGGAGAGGUGCAAAUCAUCACUCGACUUCUAAGCCUGGGGUCUUCGUUAGACCUGAGUGAUGAUAGAGGGAGAAGCCCGCUUCACGCAGCUGUCAUGGCGAAUAAACCCGAGGCCGUUAGCACUUUGCUCGCCUGCGGCGCGAACCCAAACAGCGUUACCCAUAUUGCCGGCCUGACACCAUUGCACUUCGCAUGCUUGUAUGGUUUCUCCGAAUGCCUGGGAAUGCUUUUGGAAUGGGCAAACAUGAACCAAUGGACAACUGGCGACAUCCGUAUGCAGCCUUUACACAUCGCCGUCGCAAAUAGCCACCUUGAUUGCGUAUCCGAUUUACUUGCUGCUGGGUGUGAAAGAGAUAGCCGUUGCAACAGCUAUCUUGAGCUUAUGGCGCCUGGGUAUGGAGGCUUACAUGAAGCGAAUUUGGUUUUGGUGGGAGGUUUUGUGACUCCAGCGCAACUUGCCACCAAGCUUGGUUUCGAAGGUAUGGCCUCGAUAUGGGACUAG